AUGGAUGGCGCCAGCAAUGCCAUUCUCGAGGAGCCUGAGGAAUAUCUGCACAACAUAGAAGAGCCUGCAAAUAAUCCACACAGUCCUGAAUCAUCUUGGAGAAAAUGUAACUUGCUCAGCUUAGACGGUGGCGGUAUCCGUGGCUAUUGGAGCCUUUUGGCGCUUGAUAAGCUUAUGGAAUACAUAGCAGAAGCGGAGGGAAAAGAUCAGGUUCAUCACAGCUUCACACCCCAAGACUAUCCCGAAAACGUUUCACAAGGCCCUUUCACCGACGAAGAACUUCGGAAGUUAGACGAGGCCGACGCGGCUGAAGCCAGAUGCUGUGCUUUGAAUAACACGCGAAGAUAUCUUCCAUGCCAUUAUUUUGAUUACAUUUGUGGAACUAGUACGGGAGCACUCAUAGCUAUCAUGCUUGGUAGGUUUCGUAUGACUGUUCCAGAUUGUCUGAAAGAGUAUCGGAGUCUUGGUGGGGAAAUAUUUGGAAAUCCACGUUUCUUCACACAAAUGCGCUUUGGCCUGGGGAGGAGGACGAAAUAUGAGGGAGAGAAGUUGAAGAAAGUAUUCGAAGACGUAACUGCAAGACGAAGCGAGCAGGGUGAGAGCAGUCUAAGCAGAGUUACCUUUCCCUUCAAGCCAGGGCUAUGCAAAACAUUUGUCAUUACAAUGAAAUCGGAACCUCCGAAACGGAAAGUGGAGACAGUGUAUCUGAUUCGGUCGUACGAUCAUGAUCAACGGACAACUCCCGGAUCAUUGCCAAGCCGUAAAUCCACAUGGCGAACGACACGGUCCAAUACCCAAGUAUCUGCCAAUGGCACGAUUGACACCAGAGGCCGAGAAACAGUAGCGUUCAAAAGGGAAAUCAACUAUGGCAAUGCUGAUCCAUACCAAAUCUGGGAAGUUGCGCGAGCUGCGACCGCAGCCCCCCUUUAUUUUGAGCCUCUGAAAAUCAGAAACCACAGGUCAGAAGCGCAGUCCGUUUUCAUGGACGCUGGGUACCAAUACACCACCAACCCCACAGAGGAGGGGGCGCUUGAAAUUGAAGACCUGUAUGGCAAGUUUUCCAUUGGCGUUGUCGUCAGUGUGGGAACUGCGAGGAGGGACGAGCCUUGGGGGGGAGGAAUAAGACGGAACGUGAAAACCGUCUUCAACAAAGCAUCCAAUUCAGAGGUCGUCCACAACAAAAUGAGGGACAAGGCUGCGAAUGACGAUUUUCAAUACUACCGGCUGAAUGACCGUGACGCCUUGGAUAUUGAUCUUGACGAAUGGAAACCGAAACCCAGACCAUUUGUCAAAGAUCCUGGCUCCAAGACCAUAAAUAAAAUCGAGAAUGCUUUUGGUCGUUGGGCGUCACGAAAUGAUAUCAUCGAUCAGCUACAAAAAUGCGCUGCAGAACUCGUCAACCGCAGGAAAGCUCGAGCAACUGACUUUGCAAAAUGGGAACGAUACGCUAUUGGCGCUCAGUUUCGCUGUCGCUUCAAAGAAUGCGAGAGGGGGGACUUUGCAAAUCGCCGCGAUUUCCACAACCAUCUGGUCAACGACCACGCUAUGCAGCAGACUGAAUUGGACCAGGAAGCGGAUUUCUGCCGAAAGUAUUGGAGGUAUCAAAAAGCCGAGAGCAGGUAA